AUGAUAAGUUCGGAGUUAAUAUGCCAAGGCUUUUUAUCGGCCGUCUUCAUAUAUCUUCUAUACAAAAUUGUGACAUACAUCACAAGGGAAACAGCUAAGUCUUGUUCAAACAAACGUCGACUUGGAUUUUCCGAAGAUAUUCUAGAUGUUUUCGCUGCGGAGAGAUCUGGCGUAUCGAACAUAUGCUUAGCGAUAUCAAUAAAGUCAAAAGAAUGCUUGGUUCGACAACAUGUUUGCGACGCUUUGAUACUCUUGGCCAAACGUCAGCCAAUGCUUCGAGCAGUCAUAACAACAGCGACGAAUGGAGAUAAAUAUUUCGAAAUCAAGGAUAUCGAUGAAGUCAUUACAAUUUUGGAUAUCUCCACUUCUGAUGUCAAAGCUUGCGACUGGCAAGAUGUCUGGUAUGAAUACACUGCAAAACUAAGAGGAAAUGGUUUGUUAUGGCGAGUUGUGAUUUUACAAGAGGAACUUGUAGACAGUCAGGAAUAUGCAAAUACGUUAAUGUUUAACUUUAAUCACUCGUGUAUGGACGGCGUGUCGUCAAUAAAGUUUUGCAAACAGUUUAUCGCCAACAUGAACGAACUUGCGAACGGUACUAGCAGUGUUGACCAGGAAAUCUCAAGUUUAGACUUGCUGCCAGAAGUCCACCAGAUUGUCACACGCGGUCAAAUUUGGCAUUCAUUGUUUAAUUUUCUGUUGACUUUUUGCGGCGUACGACCAAUAUUAAAAUUUUGUAUGAAGAAAAUGUUCGCUUGCGAAAUAGAAAAGAAGCCGAAUAAUCCAUAUCACGAACAAUUUCCGCCAAAUCCAGAAGCAAACGUCUCUCGUGCUCCAUGUCGGUUGAAUGUAAAGGUCUUCAGUGAGAAGGAAACGAGUGAUAUUAUUCAAACGUGCAGGGCUAAUGCUUGCACAGUAACCGCAGCUAUCAUAACAGCGGCACAUUUGGCAUUCUGCAAACUUCUGGAUGGUGAAAAAUCGAAAGACGCGAAGUUAUCCUACCCAUUUGCUAUCAAUGGUCAGCGCUUUUGUGAUCCCAAACCGAACGACAAUUACCUAGGGAAUUUCGUGUAUGAGCAUGAGGAUUCUUACAUAAAGUACAGCGGUAAUGAUGCUGACUUUUGGCAACUGGCAAGAGAAACUACCGAGAAGAUUAAAACUGAUGUUAAGAAGGCACAAUUUAUAACAGAGGUGACCGUAAUGAGUGCAUUAUUGAAGCCAGUAGAAAUUCUUCAUUUAUUCGUAAAUGAAAAGCUAUUUCCGAAAUCGUACUGCAAUUUUAUAUCAAGUUUCGGGUCUUUUAAAUUUAACGUGGGGGAUAAGGGAGUUUAUAAACUCCAUGAAUGUUUCGUAAAUAACCAUCUUAAUGGUUUCAACUGCACAUUUUCUCAUUUUAAUUACACCAUUAAUGGGAAAAUGACCUGGCAAAUUGCUAGUAAUCUUACAGUACGCACUGAACACGCUGAGACAUUUGCAAAUCAUUGCCACGAUAAACUUAUCGAAGUGACUCGAACAUAAAAUGAAAGCCUGUGAAAGUAAUUAAAUGUAGGGAGAGCUUUCCAUCAAGCGUCCAAAAUUGGCAAACCGGUUAUUUUACGGUCUUUUUCGUUAAAUAUAUAUGGGCUGCAAAAUGGCAUU